GUCGGGGAUUCGGACCACGAGAUGCAUAUCUGGACUGAGAGAGAAAGGAGGAAGAAGAUGAGGAACAUGUUCUCUAGUCUUCAUGCCCUUCUUCCGCAGUUACCACCAAAGGCCGACAAAUCAACGAUCGUCGACGAAGCAGUGAACUACAUCAAGACCCUCCAGCAAAACCUUCAGAAGCUCCAGAAGAAGAAACAAGAACGAACGGGAGGCGUCGUCUACGACGAGCCUUCUUCGGCAGCGGCGCUGCAAUCGCAAGCGUCAGACACCAACAGGGAAGCGUUCUUGGCUGAUCAUGGCAAGUUCUGGCCGUCGGCGAUGAACUCUCCGACGGCUGUGUCGGUCACCCGGUUCCCUCAAUCCUUCCAGACCUGGUCUUCGCCCAAUGUGGUGCUGAGCGUGACCGGAGAGGACGCACACAUCAGCGUCUGCACUUCCAGGAAACCGGGGCUCUUCUCCACCAUCCUCUGUGUGAUGGAGAAGCACAAGCUGGAGGUGGUUUCUGCCAGUAUAUCCUCCGACUGCUUCAGAAGCAUGUUCAUGAUCCAUGCCCGUGCUACUGGUGCUUCUGAUCAGUUCCCUGAGACAUUGAUGAUUGAAGAGAUCUACAAGUUGGCUGUUGGUGAGAUGAUACUUUGGCUUUCUUCAUGCUAG